AUGAAGUUCCAGCCACCUCCCCGCGUAGUUUCUCAGACAGAGUACAUUUCCGUGUCCGCCGAUGGCGAAGAUGCGUGGAAGACGAUGGAUUUGGUCGAUAUUUUGCAGCGGGGAGGCGUGGGUGUGCUACCGACGGAUACGGGCUACGGAUUCGUGACCCCACUGGACAGCAAGCAAGGACUGGAGCGGUUGCUGCGCAUCAAGGGGAUUCAAGACUGCAAGAAACCACUUAGUUUGCUUUGUUCCAAUUUGAAAACCAUUGAUGAAUUCUGCUUUGGCAUUGACAAGGCAGCUUUCAAGGUACUCAAGAAAAACUUGCCUGGCCCAUAUACCUUCAUUCUACCCGCUAAAAACACACUGCCCAAUGGAAUUGUCAUGGAUAUCAAAGGAGGAAAACAUUCCUGGAAACGACAAACUCUAGGUGUUCGAAUACCCAAUGAUCCCGUCUUGAGGUAUCUGCAAGAUGAUUUACUCGAUGGCAUGCCCCUCUUGGUAUCCUCGCUGCCCAUUCUGGGAAUGGACGACGAUGACGAUGAUUUCAUGACACCCAGCACGCAAUUGAUUGAUUGUCAAGUCGACAUGAACGCUUCGUGGUGUAACCAGGUCGACUUUGUCGUAGACGCAGGUACAAGACCCUACGAUGGAUCCACCAUUUUUGAUCUCAGUGCGACAAGAGGAGAACCUAUACUGGUGCGAGAAGGGCUGGGGGAGCUACAAUUGGUGCAGUAA